UAUAUUGAAGAAUUUGUUUAUAUUCGUUUGAAACAUGUAGACGGUUUAAAUUUUGAUUGGAUUACAAUAAAACUUCCGCGUUCCGACAAAAUGGCGAUGAAGGGCGUUUGUGUAGGAGAAGUUAUCCCGAUUUAAAUAAAGGAAAAUACAUUUUUGAGAACGAAACAACAAUGGAAGUUCCUGGUAAACAAAAACCAAAAAAGACAUUUUCUGUUUCACGGGGCUCUGCUGAGGACUUUCUUUUGUUCUGUAUCCCGUGUGAUAGAGAUGGUGUCCGGGUACCAGCAAAAGGUUAUUGUUCAACCUGCAAAGAACAUCUUUGUGACACUUGUUACAAGCAUCACAAGAAACAAACUCCAUCACGUCAUCAUAUUCUACUAGAUCAAGACUCUAUGCCAACUACACCAAGCGUUCCAAUCGUAAAAGACGAAUUUGAUAGUUGUGAUGAUCAUGAAGACGAAAAACUGAAAUUCUACUGCAAAGAUCAUGACAUCGUUGUUUGCAGUGUUUGUGUAACGCUGAAUUAUAGGUUAUGUAAUGUGGAAUACAUACCGAAACUCUCGAAGCAUAUUCUAGACAGUGAAGAACUUAAUGAAAUAAUGGCAGAAAUGAAAGCACUGGAGGAUAAUUAUAAAUCACAGAUAAAGAGAGUAAAAGAUGAGAUGAAAGCUAUUUCUAAAAACCACGAUGACGUAGUAAAGGCGAUUCGUCAAUUCAGAAAAGAAAUAAAUACACGUCUAGAAGAAAUGGAGAAACAUGUUGUUAAAGAAGCUGACAACAUACUUCUUAAACAACAAACGAAUCUAAAUGAUUUAUCAACAGGUGUACAAGAAAUCACAGAUAAACUGACUGAAAAACGAAAACGCAUUGAUAACCUGGUACAAAGAAAUUGCCUUGAUAAGCUGUUUGUUGAAAUGAAAGAAACAAAGAAACAAGUUGAAGAAAUGAGGAUGAAGCAAAAACAAGGUAGUCGAGUAGAUGUUUUCCAGACUGUAUCAUUUGUCAAAAACAGUGAUAUUGUCGAUAUGUUAGAUAGACACAAGCAACUGGGAGAACUUAUUACAAGGAAAACAUCCAUGGGUGGAUAUGUUUCAGUGAUGAAACCUACGUCAACACCGUCUGAGGAUAAGAUGCUAAAUCUUGAGGUUGUUGAAGAUAUAGAUUUGAAUUCUGCAUCAUCGGGAAAUACAAAAUGUAACAUAACCGGGAUAGAAGUCAUCAAGCCCGACAAGAUAGUUGUUUGUGAUCACAGCGAUAAUAAAAGUGUAAAAUGUUAUGAUACAGUUCAGAAGAAAUUUUUAUCAGAGAUAAAAUUAACUAAGUCACCGUUUGAUGUUGCAUCUAUAACGAAUGAUAAGUUCGUCGUUACUGUUCCUGAUGACAGAAGUAUUCAUUUCAUGUCGCUUAGAAAUCAACACAUAGUUUCUAAUCGUAAGGUAAAUAUCAACGAGAAAUGUUAUGGUAUUGCUAACAGCCAAGACAAGCUUGUUGUGUCAUGUAAUUAUAAUCCAGCUAAACUUUUAGUUCUUGACCAACAAGGUAAAAUAUUGCAAAAUUUUAGUGAAGAUAAUAGUCCGCUCCGUUUAGCCCUGUAUGUCACCGUGAAUACAGCCGGAACGUCUAUAUAUGUUAGUGACCGUGGUUUUACUGUGAUGGCUGUCAAACAACUAGACUGGCAGGGAAACAUUAUAAGUACCUAUCAACCAGCACAGGGAGGAUCAGCUUUAGGUAUUUGUGAAUUAGAUAAUGGCACAUUUCUUGUGUGUAUGAAUCAAGAUAGUGAAGACAAUUUGCGGAGAAUAUCAGACAGCUGUAAGCCGUGUAAGAUAACGAUAAACCAGAAACUUGAUAGUUGGUAUCCGGCAGCUGUGGCAUACUGUAAAAAAUCGAGAAGACUUUAUGUGUCUUAUUCUGAAACAGGGCCUUAUGAUUCAAAACAUCGAAUAAAAAUCUUUAAGGUUGACUGGUGUUAAGUUACAUCAUGAUGAACAUUAUACAUUUAGUUUGAACUUAUACAUGUUUCGAUGUAACAGUUGAAAAGACAUUAUAGAGUUAUUGUUCAAAAUGAUGUUUAUAUGAUAAUGUCUUUUGAAAUCAAAAUGGUUGGCUCGAAAAUAUUCUGUCAAUAUUUUUUGUUAAUUAUGUACAUUUAUUUUAAGAAUGAUUUCAAUACAUACUAAGUCUUUAAUAAAAUGUUAAAGACAGUCUGUAAAUAAUUUAUUUCAGUCGAAUAGAAAUUUUACUUAUGAUGAAAUCCUGACCCAAUUCUCUUUAGUGAUUGAUUUAAAUUCCAGAAGAGUUAUAUUUAAUUUAUAUAUUGAAUUAUCACACACCCGUGUCGAUUUUGCGACUCCGUAAAUAUGGUAUUGCACGGCCGUGCAUAUAUUUUGACGUGACGUCAUUAGCGUUAUACAAACAUAGUGUAAAGAAGCGCUAAAUGUUAGCGUUAUACUAUAGGCGCGUCAAUGAAAUAUGACUCUUAUUUUACCUUAAACGGUUUUUAUUUUUGGUAUGUGAUAAAUAGAAUAUUAAAUUCGUAUAAGUUCAUUACUGAAUUUAUUGCACUCGUUGAAUAAAAUAAUAUUAUGCUCGCCAGAGGCUCGCAUAAUAUAAUUUUAUUCAACUCGUGCAAUAAAUUCUGUAUUAACUUUACACUCAUUCAAUAUCCUCUAUAUAAUAAAAUGUUUCCCAUUUCA